CCUUCAAUAAACUUACAAAAAAAUUCAUCAAUUUCCAUCAUGUCAUCACCAAAGUUGCUUAUUUUCAUCACUUUCAUCAUCGCUGCUGCCUUCCUCAUUGAUAAUUCAUCAGCUAGUCCAUAUCCAAGCUUGGAUCUCUUUGGUGGAUAUGACAUUGUUGGCAUUUGCUUAAAGAACUGUGCUCAGUGUAAGAAAAUGUUUGGUGGAUUCUUUGAAGGUCAACUUUGUGCUGAAUCAUGUGUCAAGUUUAAAGGCAAAGUUAUUCCUGAUUGUGAGGAUUUGGCUUCAAUCGCACCAUUUUUGAACACAAAAGAGGAAUAAACAAGGAAUUAAGGACUUCAUCAUGCAGAACUAGUUUUGGAUCGAAUUAAUAGAAUUUAAUAAUUUAAUAAAAAUUGUUAAAAUUGCAAGCUUUUAUUGCUAUAGCAAUUGCUC